CUUUCAGUUCCUUGUUUUAGUUGGUCUGUUGUCGGUCUUUCUUCAUCAGUUUUUGUUCUGCGUUGCUCGUUUUUGUCUCUAUUUUUAUCAACUCUGGUUGCGGUGAUUUAUUCAAGUUUUAUCAACAACACACUGCGGUGUGUGGCGUGCUGGUGUGUGUGCGUGUAGCUAACAACUGAUAAUAUCGGAUAGUCUUAGGAAUUUCUUUCACUGCGAGAAGAGUUUAGUGUAUUAUUAUAAAAUAAAAAUACAUUGAAUUAGUGUGUCGGUUGAUAGUACUACAGUAUCAAUUGAUAAACAUUUUAUUAGGCGGUUGCUUAACGUACUUGAUACAUUUAUUAUAAAGCAUUUUUUCACUUGUCAAUCUUCAGCCAAAACUGCUCUAUUGCAAAUUUCUUACAAUACAAAAUAAAAAAUGUUCUAAGUAUGAUAACGCUUAGCUAUAUGAAACUACAGUGCAGAGAAGGGGGGAAAUACCUGUAUAGGUGCAAAGCCCUUAGCGGAUGAAAACGUUUUUAAUUUAUAAAAGAAAAUAAUUUAAUAAGUUUCAAUUUAUCUCUACUUUCACAUUCUUCCAUAACCUUUGUGAAUCUUAUUCAUCCAAACAAACAAAAAGUAAUAGAUUUCCAAUAAUUUGAAUAGAGCACUUAAAUAGUGGGCACUUCAAAUUGUGUGUUUAACAAGAAAUAACACUUCACUUUAAAUUUCAAUUUUUCUAAAUUCUUGUUGUGAAACUGCCAUUCAAAUUCUUAGUGCCUAAUUCAAUAAAAUUCUCCAGUCUUGUUAAACGGGAACAUUGUUUACAAAAAAUGCGUGUCUAGUGUGUGCACAUAUUGCUGUCCAAUGUUCUCAUUUCACAAGACUUUUACACUUUUUAUGAAACCAGGCUAUAGUAUUGAAACUGCCAAUCUGUUUCAACAAUUGAUUUCAAACAUCCAUUAACAUUUUCAUGUUGAAUUAGAACCCUGCAUACUGUUUUUGAGAGAGUAUUGUGAACGCAGUUUCUGUGUCAGUCCACACAUUUUCUGUGUAUAGGGAUUGGAAUGUGCGUACUGCUUUUUUCAAAGGACACUGCGUAGCCUACAGAGGGAGAACGAGGGGAAGAAAGCGUCUAGCGUGAAGCAGAGUUUGGUAGUUUGUAGAAAGAUAAGAGAAAGAGAAAUAGUAGUAGUCAGUCAGAGUUAGGACCUGGUGCACACUAUCCCGCGUGGAGAUAGAAAAGGCGUCUUGUGUGAGUGUGAACGCAGUCAGUGCGUAGGGAUUGUGUUCUCAGUCAGUGCCAGUGCGUGUCGGCAGUGUGCGUGCGUAGUGCAUAGUGAAUCAGUGACUGACUCUGUUGGAAUUGGAGAGUUGUCUGUCUGCCACUGCACAGAUGCAUUGCACGUCAGGAGGCCAUCCUCGCAUUGCUAUGGGAUUGUUAAGUCGGAAAGAAGAGUUGGUGAAAUGCGUGGUGGUGGGCGACACAGCCGUGGGCAAGACGCGCCUCAUCUGUGCGCGUGCAUGCAACAAACAGCUCAGCCUCUCGCAGCUGCUGGCCACUCACGUGCCCACUGUAUGGGCCAUCGACCAGUAUCGCAUCUACAAGGAUGUUCUAGAAAGGUCAUGGGAGGUUGUAGACGGUGUAAAUGUCUCAUUACGACUAUGGGACACAUUUGGAGAUCACGAAAAAGACAGAAGAUUCGCCUAUGGAAGGUCGGACGUAGUGCUGCUGUGCUUCUCACUGACUAGCCACAACUCACUGCGCAACUGCAAGGCGAUGUGGUACCCGGAGAUCAGGCGCUUCUGUCCGCAGACACCCAUUCUGCUGGUCGGCUGCAAGAAUGACCUGCGCUACAUGUACCGCGACGAGGCCUAUCUCAGCUUCUUCAGGGAUCGCAGUCCGUUUCUCAGAGCAAUCAGAAAAACCGACCUGGUGAUGCCGGACCAGGCACGCAGCGUGGCCAAGGAGCUGGGCGUGUACUACUACGAGACGAGUGUGCUGACCUACUACGGAGUCAACGAGGUGUUCGAGAACGCCAUCCGCGCGGCGCUCAUCGCACGCAGGCAGCAGCGCUUCUGGAUGACCAACCUCAAGAAGGUGCAGCGACCCCUUCUGCAGGCACCGUACUGCCCGCCGAAGCCGCGUCCGCCCGAGAUGCACGUGUCGAUGUCCAGCUACGAGGAGAGUCUGAUGUGGCUGUGGCACGCGCAGGCGCACUCCGACCUCAUCUUCAUAGCUGGGGGCAGUGGAGGUGGUGGCGGAGGCGGGGAGGGGUGUGGAGGCGGCGCAGUGGGGGCGGUUGGCUUCCCGGCGCACCGCUUCGUGGUGGCGGCUGCGUCGCCCGCCCUGGCUCGCCUCCUGUUGCUGGGUGCCAAUCUGAACGAUGGCGGCGGACAGGAGGUGAUGAGCACGCGCAGUGCUAGCGAGUCCAGUAUGGUUUCCACUUUUGGAGAAGCGACAUCAGGGGACUUCAAUGAGGACACUGAAUAUCUCAUACGAGUCGAAAAACCUACAAGGGUUUGGGACCAGCUGAAAAGGCGCUCUAGCUGCCAGGUGCUGACGUCAUCUCAGGCUUCGAUUGCUGCCAACCUGAAGGCAGGAAGCAGGGAGCUCAAUCAUCCAGCUUUCACUGCCAUCAGGGUGCAACAGUGCGAGUGCUUUGACUCGUUGGACAAGCCGGCGAGCAGUUCGCUGCAAACGGUGGUGACGCUGAGCAAGUUGGUGUCGCCCUAUGCCAUGCAGCAGUGCCUCCAGUUCCUCUACACCGGCAGUCUAGACACGCGCUCCACGCAGUUGCAGGAAGUGAGACAGGCUGCAGAAUUUAUGGAGCUGCCUGAAUUACUAGUCUAUGUAUCCAAUAUUCAAGCGCAUGAGGAGUUCCUGAAUACAGAGCUCAAACAACGAUAUAAGAAGGCGGUACGCAUGCGCCUGCGCGAACUGGCGCUGGGCCAGCAGGGCUUGUUCUCAGAUGUGCUGUUCCAGCUGGACGACGGCUGCCAGGCGGCCCACCGCCCCAUGCUGAUGGCGCGCUGCGACAUGAUGCGAGCCAUGUUCAGCGGCGACUUCCGCGAGGGCAGCGCCAAAGUGAUCCUGUUCCCGGGCGUACGCACGGACACGUUCCGGCAGCUGGUGAGCUUUCUGUACUGCGACGACAUCGGACUGGUGCUGCCCUCGCGCUGCCUCGACCUGCUGGAGUUGGCCAACCGCCUCUGCCUGCCUCGCCUCGUCAACCUCGUCGAGAGGCGGGUCGUCGACGAGCUCAAUCGCAUCUGCACGGCGCGCGCUGACAACGCAGACGUCGUCGAGCAUUGUCUCCGGCUGUUAGAGCCCUGCAAACUGCACAAUGCAGACCAGCUGGCCGAUUGGUGCAUGAACCAUUUGUGUGUCAAUUACAACAAGCUGUGCAAGAUGUCGCCCAAACUACUCAAGGCGCUGCAUCCUGAAAACCAGGAGUAUUUGUCGGAGAACCGGUGGCCGCCUGUUUGGUACCUGAAAGACUUUGACUACUACGACAAGUGCAUGAGCGAGAGGGAGAAGGAGGAGCGCGCCGUCUUCAAGCGGGGGGCCGGUGGCGGGGGAUCGGGAGGCGGUGGUGGCUGUCUGUGCUUUUCGGGUGGCAAGGGGGGUGGCAGGACCCCGACCGAGGGAGGGCCCCUGGUGCCGCAGGAGGCCGCAUGACCCAAGCUGCCCGAGGGUGGCUGGUGGGGCGGGUGCAUGUCAGGGGGGGCCUCCUCCUGGCGACGAGGUCUGCUGCUCGCCUCUGCACUCAUCGCCGUCGUCACCCUUGUCGUGCUCUGCUUCUGGUCGGUCAAGGUCAAACGGCUGCAUCUCUUCAACUAGAUAAUCUGCGCGAUCUCAUACAGGAAUGUGUGAAUCAGUGACAGCUGCUGCUGCUUCGAGCCAACUUCGAACCAAAGAGUUUGUAUAAUAAACGGUUGGCAGGUAUUCUGCGGCAAUGUGAGUGCUUGCAAUGACGGCGCCACAGUUAUUUCUUCUUCAUGAUUACAGUUAAAGUUGAGCUUCUAGAAACGCCUUUUUCACAUAAUGUUGAACUGUGUGAUCAGUAAUUAGGUAAUUGAUUUUUUGUCUUGAACUCGAGUAUUCUGUCUAGAUAGCAAACGAGCUGAACUGUUCUUCCAGAUAAGCCAAUAUUGUACGUGGACGUUUUUAUAGUAUGUAAUAGAACAUCUCCUACGUUAUGGUACUUUUCCAUUACAAUAGAUUCCUGUGAUAAGUUGAAAAUAUUGAUUUUCAAAGCAUAGGAAGAGCAGACAUGCAGCAAGAUCAUUUUUGUUUGUAAGUAAAAAAAAAAAAAUGCUAAGCUUGGAAGUCUGGCCCGGCUUUCACAAAUCAAUUGAAGCCAAGUACGAUUGGUUACCAGCAACCAAUAGCAGGAUCCCAUCAGAACGAUUCUAGUGGGGGAUUACUUGGCUUAAUUUCGUUCUUAGAAACUGUUGUAAUUACUGCCCUUGAGCUCUGCUUUCCAAUAAAUGUCUGCUCUUCUGGGCAGAAAGAGUAUACCGUUAGCUUUUAUGGGAGUGUUUACACAUGAGGGGAGUGCACUAUCGAGUUGGACAGAAUGAACAUUUGUGAACACACUCAGAAGAAGCAACGGUAUUUUUUCCUGCUUUAGGGCUUUGGUGUGGGUUACUUUUAGAGCCGCAUCUACAUUAUGCCGUCGAUGAAGCCAGUUAUUCAUGCUGGAUAGUGAUGUCCCAUUGAAGUGAACAUCACAUAAAGAAGUCAAUUAUUGACAAAAAUAUUUUUCAAACAAUUAUUGGCAAAGAGGAUGUGGUUUACAAAUUUCCUAAAUUAUCAGGCUUUCACAUCACAUCACAAUAUUUACAAUCAUAACCUUAAAUUAGGGAAAGCACAAUCAUUAAUCAAUUUAGUUGUAAAAUUGUCCAAGUGAUCAAUUCCAAUUCAUAGCAAUUCAACUCAUCAUAGCCACUCAUAGCAAUUCAACUCAUCAUAGCCACUCAUAGCAAUUCAACUCAUCAUAGCCACUCAUAGCAACAUAGCAACUACUCAUGUAUAUAAGUAUUUGAAAACGAUCUCACUGUCAGUAGAUGUUACAUAACACUUGAAUCUUUGCUUUUAACUACUGAAAAACUUUCUGAAAGUGAAAAUAAUGAAUAAUUGCAAUGAAGGCACACUGAAGUUUUUUAGAAGAGAAUUUGAACAAUAUAUUAUGGUUUUGGAAUUGGUUACCAUUAUACCGAAAAACGUUACUAUUUAUUGAAUUCCUAAAGUUUUUUCAGUUUUCAAUCGUUCAAAUAAAAAAAGCAAUUAUUUAACUGGGAUGAUAGGAUCUAAUUGAGCGAUUCUGGUUCUAUCAAGAAGAUUCUAAUAAAUGUUAAUAUAUUUCCAUAGCCUAUUUAUAGUUGUAAGUAGUUAUUGGUCCUUCGCGGACUGACUGAAAUGUUUAUAUUCUAAUGUAGCCGAUUAUUUAUAAUGAAUUUUCACAAUCCGAGAUACCUCAUUGUUUAAAAAUAUUCAAGUGUCGUCGACGGUGAAAAUUCAUGACAAGUGAAAUUUGACAGGAAAAUAGAUGCGUCUAGACUGACAUUACAUAACCAGGUCCCCCUUAACUUCAAACCGAAGUUAUCAAAAAAUGUACAACUCUUUUCUGAACAUACUAGAUUUAAACGGAAUAAAAUUGCAAUCAAUAAGAUACGCAAAGGGCAUUUUUAAAGGCUAGAUACAAGAUAUGAAUUGGGAAUCAAAAUAAUGGUAAUUGAAUAAAUAGAGUUCAUAGAAGUUGUUUGGGAUAGUCCACGACUGGAAUGCGUUUUGGAGGAGACAAUAUAUCUCUUGCCUUUUUCCCAAUAUAAAUUUGAAUACAUAGAAGAGCCCACGGGAAGAACGCUGUAAGUCACAUUUUGUAAAUUUUUCAGGAUAAGAAAAAUAAACUUCCAAGACUCAAACUUAAUGUUUAUAAUGCUCAAAGGUAGGUUUUGAAAAACACUCGUUGAAAAACAUUUUCUUUAUAAAAAACUUUAUAAAAAAAUGGUGAUACACUUUUUCGACGGAAAGAACGUGGUGAAUACCAGUUUACACUGAAAAAACGAUGUAAGUUUGUUUUGGCUGCAAAAAACGAGGUUAGUCCAUGAAGGUAUGGUACUGUGAACAAAAACAAGCCAAAAAGCUACUAAUGACUGUUUUAUUCACACAAAAAGUUAUUCAUUCACAAUAUGAAUAAUAGCUGUUAUUAUUUUUUUUUUGUUCUCUCCAAAUUCCUUAAACGAGUAUUCCUUGUGAUUUUACCACGAAAUUAUUCCAAAACUUGUAUUUAUAUUUUUCUUUCAAAAUGGGAAAUCAAUCUGAAAAUAAAAUCAAGAAUUUAGAACUCUUAGAAUAUCCAAAAAAUUUAAUUUCCCUAUAUAUGAGGUCUUGAGGGAAUAUUACUCACCAUUAUGUGCUGAAUUGUUGACUUUUUUUCUUGCCUUCUCUAAAAGGUAACUUGGAAAAGUAUUCCCUUGUGGUCUCACCACAAA